AAUUCUUCACCCGCCGAUUCAGAUUAUAAACAUAGCCAGCCAGUGAUUUUUCAAAUUAAUAAUUUAAUUAUGAGUAAAUUACGACCUAUUAAAAACACCGAAUUAUCCGAAUACUGUAUUAAUAUUUUAGCAAAGCAUGAUAUUCAUAUUGUGGGAGAACUGUUAAAAGAAAAGCCAGAAAAGAUCAUGAAAAUACUCAACUUGAAUUCGGGCCAAGUUCAAAAGAUCAGGUAUGAAUUAAGACGAAUUUACGGUCCAACACGCACCACCUUGGAGAAACAAAGUUCCAAAAAUGAAAAUGUCACAAAAGAUUUUCAAAUAAGUUUUACUUUCUGCGAUGGAAUUAAGCCGGUGGAGAUUAAAACCAGUGGUCAAUGUUUCUCCACUCUUAUCGGUCCACUGGAUGAUAUGCUGGCACCUAAUUUAAAAGUGCACGGAACAAAUUCGAAUGGAGAUUCGAUAUACUCGCUGGGUCCCAGUCAUUUGACCAGCAAAGUAAUGUGGGAAAUAUGUGGACCUUCGGGUGUGGGAAAGACACAAUUGGCUCUGACUCUAAUUUGUAACUUUGUGCAACUUUAUGCGUCUGAGGUUUUGUAUAUUGACACUAAGUUGGACUUUUCGGCAAGUCGUGUCAAGCGUCUACUAACAUCACGCCAACUUACACCAGACACAAUUGCCGGAACAUUGCAAGCUAUAAAAGUAGAAAGGGUUUUGUCGGCCCAAGGAGUUAUAGAGAUGUUGGAGCUACUUUAUGCAGAAUUAAGACAAGGCAGUAAUCAUGUUAACUCUAUAAAAAUGAUAGUCAUUGAUUCUUUGCCAGCUGUGUGGUUUCUUCUAAAGGCUGAUGCCAACCGUUUGGCUGGUAAAUAUUUGCUAUCCCGUCUAUCCCAAAUGCUAUAUAGACUUUGUGAUGAGUACAAUAUUGCAGUGAUAUGCAUUAAUCUUUCUAUCAUACCAAGCCCAAAAACAAACGAGGACCCCAACAAAAAUGAAGCUCUUUCUGUGUUCUGCAAAGACGAUCAGGAUAUAUCGGAUAUUCUUGAAGACGAUGAUUUGGAUGAGGAAACCAAAAAUCUCACCUAUCGACAAGUCAUGGGUUAUUUUUGGCUAUCAAAACCUCGUUUGCGUUUAUCCAUGGAAUACAUGUCAGCCGAAGAACAAGAAAUUAGAACAUCAAGUCGUCGUCUUCUGCAAGUAACGCAAAGUACUUGCAUGCGGGAAAAGAAAAGUUGUACCGUUCGUAUUUGCGAUCAAGGUGUAGUCUAG